AUGGAGGGCGCCCUGACUGCCAGGGACCGCGUUGGAAUCCAGGAUUUUGUCCUCCUGGAUGAAACCACAGAGGCAGCCUUCCUCAGUAACCUCAAGAAACGUUUCAGCAAAGAUCUCAUCUAUACCUAUAUUGGCACAUUGCUAGUGUCUGUGAAUCCCUACAAAGAGCUGGACAUCUACAAUAUGAAACAGAUGGAUCUCUACAUGGGUGUCAACUUUUUUGAGCUUCCACCACACAUCUACGCCUUGGCAGACAACGCCUACCACACCAUGCUGACAGAGUUUAACAAUCACUUCAUCCUCAUCUCUGGAGAGAGUGGAGCAGGGAAGACGGAGGCCUCCAAGAAGAUUCUGCAGUAUUACGCUGUCAGCUGUCCGAGCACCACUCUGCUAAACACCGUCAGGGACAAAAUGCUCAUGUCUAACCCUGUCCUCGAGGCUUUCGGCAAUGCCAAAACACUGAAAAAUUACAACUCAAGUCGGUUUGGGAAGUAUAUGGACAUUCAGUUUGACAGCCAGGGGGAUGCUGUCGGAGGCCAUAUCCUGAACUACAUGCUGGAGAAGUCGAGGGUUGUACAUCAAAAUCAUGGGGAGAGAAACUUCCAUAUUUUCUACCAGCUAGUGGAGGGAGGAGAGGAGGACCUACUGCACCAGCUGGGCCUGGAGAGAGACUGCCAGCAAUACAAUUACCUAACCCAAGGAGAGUGUGCCAUUGUGUCUUCCAUUAAUGACAGAAAUGACUGGAAAACGGUCAAAAACGCACUUCAAAUCAUCAACAUUGAUGAGAUUAACACUAAUCACUUGUUUGGGACCGUUGCAAGCGUUCUCCACUUGGGGAAUGUUCAGUUUGACUCCGACAGUAAAGGCCAUGCCCUCCUGAACAGCAACAAUUCAGAGCUGCGCUGGGUCUCAAAUUUACUAGGAGUUGAUGCUCACCGUCUCCAAGAGGGACUCACAUACAGGAAGAUUGAAGCCCAAAAAGAUCAGGUCCUCAGCCCAUUCACAAUCGAUCAUGCCAUCUAUGCCAGGGAUGCCCUGGCCAAAGCCAUCUAUGGACAGACCUUCACCUGGCUGGUCAACAGGAUCAACGAGUCCAUAGAGAACAAGGACUCUUCAAGGAAGACUGUAAUAGGACUUUUGGACAUAUAUGGAUUUGAAGUUUUCUAUGUUAACAGUUUUGAGCAGUUCUGUAUAAACUACUGCAACGAGAAGCUGCAGCAGCUUUUUAUCCAGUUGACACUCAAGGCUGAGCAGGAGGAAUAUCAAGCAGAAGAUAUUGAGUGGGAGCCAGUCCAAUUCUUCAACAACAAGAUCAUCUGUGACCUGGUUGAGGAGAAACACAGAGGGAUCAUAUCAAUAUUGGAUGAGGAGUGUCUCAGGCCUGGAGAUGUCACAGACCUCACCUUCCUGGAGAGACUGGAAGAAAAGAUGGGAAAUCAUCCUCACUUUGUCACGCACAAACUGGCUGACAAAAUGACACGCAAGACUCUGGAGAGGGGAGAUUUCCGUCUCUUGCAUUAUGCCGGGGAGGUCACCUACUGCGUUGUGGGUUUCGUGGACAAAAACAAUGACCUGUUAUAUAAAAGCAUUAAAGAUCUGAUUUGUCAGUCUAAAAAUGCUAUUGUCCGAGAGUGCUUCUCCACAAUGGAUCCAGACAGCAGGCGAAGACCAGAAACAGUGGUGACCCAGUUUAAGAGCAGCCUGCUGAAGCUGACAGAGAUCCUCAUGGCUAAAGAGGCCUGGUACAUACGCUGUCUAAAAUCCAAUGAGUCCAAGCAGCCAGGUCAAUUUGACGAAGCUCUGAUCAGGCACCAGGUGAAAUACCUGGGCCUGAUGGAGCACCUCAGAGUCAGACGAGCUGGUUUUGCGUACAGACGCAAAUAUGAGGUAUUCUUAAAGAGAUAUAAACCCCUGUGCCCAGCCACCUGGCCUCACUGGAGAGGAGUGCCUGCUGAUGGAGUAGAAGUGCUGGUUCAACAUUUGGGCUACCUGCCACAUGAGUACAAAAUGGGACGUACCAAAAUAUUCAUCCGUCAUCCAAGGACACUUUUUGCCACGGAGGAUGCUUUUGAGAAAUGUAAACAUGAACUGGCGACGAAGCUCCAAGCCAAAUACAAAGGAUACAAAGCAAAGGGAGAAUUCAAAAAACAGAAAGAAGCUGCCACUAAGAUUGAAACCUGCUGGAGAGGAGCGCAGGCUAGAAAGGAGAGAGAUAAGAGAGCCUGGGCUGUAAAAGUCAUCAAGAAAUUCAUCAAAGGUUACAUGACCAGAGGGCAAGCAAAAAGCACAGAUAACUCGGAGUACCUGGCCUUUGUGAGACAAAAUUACUUGAACAGGCUCAAAGGCAACCUGCCAAAGACAGUUUUGGAUAAAACCACCUGGCAAACUCCACCAGCUGUGCUGACAGAGACAUCAGAGAUACUGCGUAAGCUUUACUACCGUCUUAUGGUGCGGAAGUAUGUGAGAGGAAUCACGCCCCAGAAAAAAGCUCAGUUUCAACUGAAGGUUCUUACCAGCUCUAUCUUCAAGGCCAAGAAGGAUAGUUAUCCACAGAGUGUCGCUCAGCCUUUUGUGGACACCAGAAUCAGUGAACAAGACAUAAACAUGAGGGUUCUCCAGAUGAUACGCAAUGAGCAAAUUAAGUACAGUGUCCCGGUGAUUAAAUAUGAUAGGAAUGGUUUUAAACCAAGACCACGACAGCUCAUCCUCACCAAGACAGCUGCCUAUGUGAUAGAGGAAGCCAAGAUCAAACAGAGAGUGCUGUAUACCUCUCUUAAAGGGAUUUCGGUCAGUAACUUGACUGAUGGCAUGAUUGUAUUCCACAUAACAUGUGAGGACCGUAAACAGAAGGGGGACCUUGUAAUGCAGUGUGACCACUUGUUUGAGUUUUUGACCAAACUCGCUGUCAUUGCUAACAAACAGAAUGCAAUUAAAGUGGUUCAGGGCAGCAUUAAGAUUGAAAUCCAGGCAGGUAAAGAGAGUGCAGUGGACUUCAGCACUGGACAGGAACCUAUGGUUUACAAGGCCAAGAACGGACAUCUCAUGGUGGUUGCCACUCGGGCUCGGACACGGUAACGUGUGUGGGGUUGAGAAGACACACAAGAAGCCCCUGCAUAUUUCAUCAGGAGACCCCUAAGGGGAGAUCAACAUGUAUACAGGAAACACACCUAACAAGAAGAGAAACCCAGGAUGAGCUUGCUUUGUUGUACAGCAACACGUUUCUCAUGUAUGCAUAUUAGUCAAUGAUGAAUUUUACUUUUCCACCAAAGAAUAUUAACCUCUCAUGAGAGGCUAAGGUUUUAACAUCAUUCUGUUUGAGGAUUUGCCUCUGCUGUUUUGAGCACUAAAGUUCAAAGCAAAGCCUGAAAUUACACUGCAAAUCUACAAAACUAUUUUAAUGUACAGAACACAUUACUCAUAAACUGCUUAAAAGAAUGUGCAAUUCUGAUUAUUAAA